AUGGCGGUUUCUGGGACAAAUAUCAGUUUGUCCCAGCCGGAUAUCACGCAGAAACUAACGGAGCGUAUAGACGACCUGAAGCAAAAGAUAGCUGCUUGGAAGAAGCGGAUUCGACGAUUUACCGAGAGGUCAAUGCGGUUCAACUUGAAUCGUCUUUUCCAGAGUGAUCAGAAGAGGCUCUAUAAAUCUUUGGAGCGACCAGAGGUAUGUGGAGCAGACCCAGGACCAGAUCAGGUUAACACUGUUGCAUUUUGGCGUGGCCUGUGGUCAGAGCCUGUAAACCAGAGCAAGUGCCCUUGGACGGAAGUUGUGGCGAGUCGGUGUGCGGGUAUUACGCCCAAGGACCCCGUCAUCAUAACGCCGGAUGACGUAGCUGAGGCGGUCCGUAGGGUUCCGAACUGGAAAAGUCCAGGGCUUGACGGGCUGUAUCACUACUGGCUGAUGGCGUUCAUGGUGUGUCACGCUGUGCUCGCCCGACAGUUUCAAGAGGCUCUCGAUCAGAAGUCGUUCCACUACUGGGAUCACUCACUUGGUUCCUAA